GACCUUGUAGACGCAUCAAAAAAAAAAAAAUACAGGUGAUUCAGUUGAGAAAGCAUCCUUGAAUAAACUACAUCUUAAAAUUUAUUUGAUUAUUUGUUUUAAAUAUAAAAUAAUAAAUUAAAAAUGAAUAAUAUAUUUAUUUAUUUGCAUAUUAUUGUUUUAAUAAUAUGUUUAUCAAAAUCAGAAGAAAUUUGGGAACAAGAUUUAUCAAAUGAAUUUAAUAUUGGAGCAUCAACAGAUGGUUAUGAUAAAGUUGGUCUUAAAUGUGGUGCUGAAAGUAUGAAAAUUGAAUUAAAAACAACUGAUGAUUUUACUGGUGUUAUAUAUACACAAGGAAGUUUUCAUUCUAAAAAAUCACCAUGUUUUUUAGAUCCAAAAACAGGUAGAAGUUUUACAAUGGAUAUUCCACUUCAUAAUUGUGAAACAGAAAAGGAUGGUGAUAAAUACAGUAAUGUAUUGGUGAUUCAACAUGAUGAUGAAUUAGUAACACCAGGUGAUGCAGCAUUUAAUUUAGAGUGUGAUUUUUCACAGCCACGUGAACACACUGUAUCAGCCGAAGUUAAUACAACAAAAAAAAGACGUGCUAGAUCAAGUAGCAUUGCACUUGUUGAUGCUGAUCCAGGACGUGAUAGAAAAAAACGUGCAGCUUUUAUUCAAAGUUAUAGUGACGAAGUCAUCUUUACACCAAAUUUUCAUCGUAAGGAAAAAGACGAGCUUUAAUUACAUCCCACAAUUCAAGAAAAAUUUUAUUUAACAACAAAAAACAACAUAACUUUUUUUUUAGGAUAAACACUGUGUCGAGUUAGAAAAGUACAAUAAAAAAAAAAAAAACAAUAAGCUGUGUUCUUCUGGCCACAGAUGAC